CAUUUUUACAGAAAUGUUUGUAAUUAAUAUUGUGCAAGAAAUAGCCAGGUAGCCAAGUUUAUAUUUGUCUGAUUUCUCUUAUCUAAGUUCUCAUCGCAAAGAUUUAAUAUUUUGUCUAGUUUUUCAAACUGAUAUUUGCCACCAUGUAUGGCAAAGCUAAAGGGAACAAUGUUCCAUCAGAUGCACAAGCCAGAGAAAGGUUGGCGUUAUAUGUUUAUGAAUAUCUUUUACACGUAGGUGCACACAAAGCUGCACAGACAUUUUUAAGUGAGAUUCGAUGGGAGAAAAGUAUAACAUUAGGAGAUCCUCCAGGUUUUUUACAUUCUUGGUGGUGCGUAUUUUGGGACCUUUACUGUGCAGCUCCAGAGAGGAGGGACACACAUGAACACAGUUCUGAAGCAAAAGCGUUUCAUGAUUAUAGUUCAGCAACAGCGCCAUCACCUUUAAACCCAAUGGGGGCGGAUGGAAUCAAUACUCCAGGAAUGCCUCCAAAUUUUUUUCCUCCUGGUUCUGCUGCCUCGCCUUCACCUCACCAUAAUCCAAGUAAUCCUAUGAUUCGACAGUCAUUCAUGUCAUCAAGGUAUCCACCAGGCGGCCCAAGAGGAAUGCAGGGACCUGGACCUCACCAACCAAUGUUACAGGGAAUGGACAGACAAAGUCAGUUAAUGAACAUGCACAGGAUGUCACAUCCUCGUGGAUUACCAGGUCCUAUGAAUCCAGGCUGGAACCCUUCAUCAGACCCUUCAUAUCAGUCAAUGCCGCCAUAUGGUCAAUUGCAUCGAAUACCGAAUAAUUCAAUGUCAGGUCCUGGAAUGCCUUUAUCAUUACCCGGUCGACAGUGGCCUAACCCUACAGGAUCAACGAUGGUCUACACUACGGAACCAUGUUCUUCUCCCCCUUCAAGUUAUGGUCCUCCUGUGGGACAACCCGGCACUCCUAUCAUGCAUCCCAGUCCACAAGAUUCAAUGAAUCCAGAUUAUGGACCAAUUCCAGGUGGAAAACCAGGGGGUUUAGCUCAUGGAGGGCCAAUACCAACACAGUUUCCUAUGGGCUCUGGUGGUCCUGAAGGUGUUCCCACAAGUAUGCCAAUGUCGGGACCUGGUAAUCCAGGUUCUAAUUUACCAGUGAUGAAUGGACUCAAUGGAUCUGGACCUGAUCAAAAUAUAGAUGGAUUGCCCAAGAGUUCUCCAAGCAGCUUAACACCGAUGGGAAAUCCUGGUGGAGGAGGACCCAUAGGACCACCACAUUCAGGAGGCCCGGGUACGAAUCCACACACGCCACAAGAGGGAGAAGGAGAUUCUUAUAACAUGCCUUUUCCUGAUAAUAACCAACAAGACGCGGCUGCCAUUUUGAAAAUGAAAGAAAGCUUGCAGCAAGAAGCAAAGAGAUUCGAAAACAAGGAUGGCUUUAUUCCCUAACACAGGAUGUACAAUUUUUUGGAACCAACUUCAAACUGUUGAACUACAUACUAUCUUGUGAAGGAAAGAGCUGAGAUGAAUAGGGUUACCCAGUCUGAAAUUCUUUUAGCCUAUAUCAGGCAAAUCAAAAGACUAUACGAAAUCGAAUGCUAGUAUCUAUGGCUUAGUAUGAAUGAAUGAACUUUUCAGUCCCACCUGGGAAUUAUCGAAAAAAUUCCAUCGCGAAUUUUUUUCUGAGAUGUAUAGUUUGAAAAUAUUAUUUACCAUGACAUUGAAAACUUUUUUUAUUUUGAAUUAUCUUCGUAUCAUGUAUGAUCACCAACUUUGAAUCAUGUUUGAGUUGUGCUUCGACUGGGCAAGCACGAUUUAAUGAUAAUGAAAUAUGAGACCGAAUGAAUGAACCAUUGUUUUUUUUAACGCUUUUUCAUAUUAUUUAUAUAAAAAAGAAUAUUUGUUAUUGUUUGUGACACAAUAUUUGAUUUUUUUUUCAUCAAUAUAUUAUCAUUAUUUGUCAUGUUUUUGUGAUAAAAUUGAAACCGGUACUAUAUCAUAUCAGCAAAUUGAUUUCUAUUUAUAUAAAUAUAUUUUUUUUUCAAAUAUCACCAGCACAGUUCCCAUCAUUAGCAAAUUAGAUCUCCUUUCACGAUCAGGAAAUCCUAUACCCAAAUAGUUUUGGAGCUCUGCCAUUUUUUUAUUGAUGUUUAUGAAAGUAAAAAACUGCAAUGGAAAUUUAUCGUUACCAUAUGUGGGUUGAUGGCCCCAACAGGUGUAUCAAAUGAAGUAAAAUAAACUUGAUUGAACACUACUUAAAGUUAAACAAAUUUGGUUGACAUAUAUUAAGAACUGAUUUCAAAAAUGACAAAAUUAAAAUUUAAAAUUCUGAAUGGACUUUAUGAACACUCUGUAUAUUAUUGAAGAAUGAACAUUUUUAAUACUUUUCGCUGUCGCCAUCUUUUUCAUACUGUACUUUAAAUACCAUUGAAGUAGUGUGAACAAUUCAAAUUUACCAAACUAUUUGGACCACAGAAUUCCCUUUCAUCGUUUUUCCUGCCUGGGUAGCUUAUUUUUGGGUGAAAUCAUUUUUCUCUUCUCUGAACUAUUUUAUUAAUGAAAUGUAGCGAUACAACAGUUCUAAUGUCGUUUUUGUCCAGUUUAUCGAUGUUUUUUUUAUUUCACCACUGUUGUCGUUUUUGUUCACUUUUUUAUUUUUAUAUCCAAAUUAAUAAUUGUCCUUUUUUGCUUCAUUCGACCUGAUUUCAUCAUCCGGUUACAUACAUGGUUAUAUUUAAAAGAAUUUACAUUUCAUGUUUCUUUUAGAAUUUUUGCAUUUUACUGCCCAUAUUUAUUCCUUGUAUGUCAAAAACUAUAACAGGCUGCAUUCAAGAUGCUUCCCUGCGGAGUUUAUUAUCAAAAAUCACCAGUUUUGCCUGAUGGAUGUGGUCACUAAGACUUAAAAAAAUAAACCUAGUUUGAAAAGAUGUAACAUUUUACCAGAGACAAAUUUCAGAGUAAUAUGUUAUUUUAAAGCAUAAUACAGUCUUUUGAAAACUAACUUUUUAAAGGUAAAUAUUUAAUUUUCACAGUAAAAACCCAUUAUGGUCGGGGGUUUUGACAACUUGACUCUUCACAUUUAGCCCCCCUAAAGAUUUUCUGAAAUUUUAAUCGCAAAGAUGAAUCCAGUAUUUUGUUUAUGAAUUUGUCUCUGUCAAUAAUUUGGCUCAGAUAAUUGUGAAAUCUAUUGAUAGUCCACACACAAAAAUGCCUCUCGGACAAUUGAAGUCUCAUAUCUUAAUUUGUUUUGUGUGAAGCAUCACAUUGUCAAGAAAAAAUAAUUUUAUUCGAUCAUGUCAAUAUCACUUGUCUUCUAUUGAAUGAAGAAUGUCUCAUUUGGAAAAUUGUUUCUUGUAUUUUUAUUUGUUAUGUUAUAAGAUUUGUUUGUUGUCAUUUGUCAAUUAGGAUUUGUAUUGACCACAGAAUUAAGAUUUGAUCUUUGAAAUCUCCAACCGACUAUUCGAAAUAUGAAGUUACAUUAACGUAUUAGAGUUUGAAAUGUCCAGUGAAUGAAAAUAUUUUAAAACUAUUGUUUUUUGUACUGUGUCAUUUUGAAAUGACUCCAGUAAAUUUAGCUAGAAUAACUUGUUUUGAUUUAACUUUUUUGUAUUUGGAAAUUUGUAUUGGUAUAAAUAAACAUUUAUGGAUAGAUAAUAUAUUUAAAUACUAAAACAACCAAGCAAAUACUUUUCAAAGGCAUUUCUAAUUCACUGCUACCAAAAAAAGUGUUUUUUGUAAAAUGUGCUGUUCCCCGCAUUGGGCAAAAUAUUACUGCAAAGUAUAUAUAUCUAAUCAGAUUAUACGGAAUCAAAUUAAUUAAAAGGACAAUUCUCAAUGUCACUAAAUACAAUUCAAUGAUUCGAUGUUCUGGAAAUGUUAAAUUUUAUACCAGAUUACAUAUCUGGACAAUCAUGAUUUAGGUAACCCAUAAUUUAUGCUUUUAUUGAGUAUUGGACCAAGUUUCAUUUUGCAUUCCUAUGGAGAUAUGUGGUCAUAGUUUAAAACAGCAUAUAUGUGUAAGCAUUCUUCUGAUUUUGACAUGGAAUUCGCAACUUUUUUUCUAUAAAUAUUUUGUGUCCUAGGUAUGUGAAAAUAUUUUUAUAAAAGAAACUGCUUUAUGUUAUGAUUAUUGUUUUUAGGUUACACUCCAUGCCAUUUAUUUUAUGUACUCGUCAAUCUCGGCCAAGCGUGUUGUGAUAAAAUGUGGAUAUUCAUAUCUAAUAAUGCGAUUGGGGUAAAAUCCAUGUUUGGCUGAGUUUAAUCGGGGAAAAAGUUUGUUUUCUUGUUUAGAUACUACAUAUUACUAUUAUUUAAUAUUAUACUUUUUCAGUGUCACGUGAUGUUUCGCUUUACUGAUUUUGCGAUGAACUGUCAAUGAAAUGCCUAAUAAAAACUACAUUUGGUAGUA